CUACCGUUCCUGGUUUCGACUGGUGUUCGGAAUUUUGGUCCUCGAGUCUUUCCUGGAAACGCCAUCCUGGUGCAUGAGCCGGCAGGCCGAGACGAAGGCGGCUCUGAUCCGGGAAGACUUUUUCACCGGGCCGUUCCUGAACGAAGAGCGAAUCUGCUCUGAGAACGCGUAUUUCCUGAAAAUUAACCAUCCGCAUCCAAUUUGUCAUGCAAAAUAUGUAGCAAAAGGAAAAGCAAAGCCACAGUCUGUGACUGUGUUUGUCAUGCAAAAAGUGGAUGGUAAUGGUUAAUUUUCAGGGAAUAGCGCGGCCACGCCAAACACCAACUACCUGUUGUCGGGCGUGGUCUUGGUGAACCCGAUCUGGAGUAGUUUGUACGAGAUCUUUAUCCACAGAAAAAAACCCAUCCACAUCCAAUUUGUCAUGCAAAACAUACAUAAAAUUCUGUGUUUGUCAUGCAAAAAAUGGUUGUGGAAGUGGAUGGGUUUUUUUUCUCUGGAUAAUCUUUGUCGUCCUGUUCAUCCUGCGAAAGGCCUUUUGGCGCUGCAAGUACCUCAGUUUCUUCUUCGACAUUGAAGUUGAAAACGAGGAGAAACCCACAGCGUUUCUGCUCACAACUGGG